CGGCAACUUUCAAACGUAACCAUGGAAGGUAGUUCUGAAAUAAGGAAAAAGUCUCGGGAAUCUAAAGUGUGUUCGAGAUGUGGGAAAUCAGUUAUAAAUUUAUCUCGUCAUCAGAAGGAUGUACAUAAAGUGAAUAAGAUUUUUCGUCAGGUAGAUGUAUAUAUAAAUGGAAACAAGAAAGCGCCUAAUAGGAAGAUAAAGUUUUGUCCGUUAUCUCCAUGCAAGCAUUCAAAGAAAGGUGUCUUUCAACUUCAUCAUCAUUUACAGUCAAAUAUCCACAAGCUUAAUCCCAACUCAAACCAAUACUUAGAUGCGCUUAAAUCUGCUCCGAGAAUUGGGCUUCAAGAGCUACGAGAUCACAUUGCCAAGAGAAAGAAAUCCAAAGCAAAGAGCGCCACAACUAAAGAUGGUCCUAAAAAGAGAAAAAUCGAAUCAAAAUCACCUGUACGUGGAAAGGCCGCAAAAAGGGUGAAAUUUUACAAGGGUGACAAGGAAAAUGAGUAUAGUUUGGUGAAUAGAAUCGAAGCUGAGGAAGAAAUUGAAAAUGACUCGGAUGAUCAAUUAUUAGAAAAUCCUGAAGGAGAAGCAACUAUCAGCAGAAACGUGAGUAACCCUGGGCACCUCGCACCGACCUCCUCCAAUAGUAAUGCAGAGGAGCGCAAACUACAUAAUGAAGAAAGUUGUGAAUCAAAGGUAAGAGAGACGUACAAUGAUGAUGACAGCAAAUUAGAGUAUGAUCAGCAAGUUGAUAAAGUGGAACACAAGCUACAUAAUGAAGAAAGUGGAGAUUCAGGCAAUGAUCAUGACAGUAAUUUGGAGUAUGAAAAAGUAAUGGAUCAAAUGGAAUCAAAGGUAGGUGAUACACAUGAUGACCAUGACAGCGAUUUGGAGUAUGAUCAACUUGUGGAUAACGUGUGGAAAAGAAAUGAAGAGUGCAAGAAGCGAAGCUUUAAACAGUUAGUGUCUAUGAUGUCCUCCCAGUGUGAAAGCGAUGCCGAGCUAUCUGAAGAGUUAAACAACCGCAAAAAUGCUGACCAAGUAAUCCAACCACCUCAACCACCAGUGACGGCUGGUAAUACCAAAUCUAGUGAAAUAGUUAUAUGCGACAGUGAAGAAGAGGAAAUUUUAGACCCAAACUAUCACCCUUCCCUGGACUCCGAAUCAGAGUGUAGCACUGGAAGCUUGUCAGAUAACUGCUCGUUGCAAGAAAGGGAUGACAUUUUAACUGAUUUCGUGGAAAACGUAGAUAAUCUCGAUUUUCUUCGUGUGGAACCAGAAUGGAAGAGCGUGGUUGAUGUUGUUUUUGAAAGAAAAAAGAACGCUGGUAAUACUGACUCCCAAAGCAAUCUUUCACAAGGUAAAGUGCCUAAGGAAGUUAUGAAUGAUGAUGAAUCAUCAGUAUACGAUAGCGAUGAUGAUGAUAAUGACGACUGUCUUGAAGAGAUGGAAGAUGAUGUCAGUUUUGAAGACAAUGAUAGUAGUGAUGACAGCCCACUGCUUAACGAGUUUCAUUCCUGGUUGAUAGACGUAGACGGGGGUUAUCGCUGCGCAAAAGUGGCUGGUCAGUACAAGUCACAGGUAAAACGCAUCAUGAAAGUUCUUUCAGAAGAUUUCCCUCAAGCAGCAAAUGAAAUAGAUCUUGUUACUGUCGAGGGGCAUGACGGAGUGGUAAUGUUGAGGAAGUGGUUGGGUCAACUAUCUGAGGAGUAUCAACCUGGAACCAUUAGAUCAUACCUAAUGAGCCUUAGGCUAUUCCUUAAAUUCCUUGUGCAAGAAGAGAAAGGGCAAGAUAGAUUAGACACACUUCAUGCAAGGAGAGAUCUUUUAACUUCGUGGUCAUCUGCUCAAAGAAAGAAGGUGCUGAAAAGGAAAUUAGAGAAACAUGACAUGGACUUUGCAAAACUCCUUUCUAGCGAAGAUCUAUAUAAAGUGUCAAAUGGCCUGUGCUGGUCAACGAUCAGACCUUUUGCGAAGUAA